CACACACACUCACACACUCACACACACACACACACACACUCGUACACCACAGCCAUGAGCAGGUUAUGAACAUGUUACAAUCGUCCAAUCUGAGCACAGUGACCCUCCUACGAGAGCCACAGGUCUAACCAAAGGGGCAUGUGUUCCUGAGGGGGGCCUGUGUCCUCUGAAGGUUCAGCCCAUAAUCCCACUAAUCCACAGCAAAGUCUUAAAUGUCCCCUGCUCCUUUUCAAUGGACCAGACACUGAGGUACACUCACUCACGCAUAGUACACGCUUACAAACACUUCAGCACACAUUCAACAGCACACCGGGCAGGCAGACGCUCCAGUUAAUGUUCAUCAGGCUCUCUUGGAUCGCCUUGCAGUGAUUCUGGGCCAGGAGUGAUCCCUCAGAGAGCCACCUAGCCGAGAGAGAGGGAGCAGGAGCAGAGACGCAGGGGGGUAUUUAUAGAAGAAUGAGGCCUCACAAUACCCUUUUUGGAGAGAGAAUGAUGAAGGAGAGAGAGUGGAGCGAGCUCGUCCCAGAUUUCUGAUUAACACUGCGUGUGCGGAGGGCCGGAUCGGGCUGAUUCAGAGGAGAGGCUCCGUAGCUCGCUCCUCCCUGACUACUCGGCAUCUCGCAUCAUGCACUGUCACCCUUUCCUCACAACGAGGUGGGCCUGGCUCUCUGUGCGGGGCUUCAUGUGGACGGGGGCGUUCUGAAUCCUCGGCCCGUCUCCCUUGACCGGGGAGGCUGUGAGCGAUUCAGACGUCCGGAGAGGAGAUUGACAGACAGGCAGUUUGCCUGUGCUAUCUUAUAGUCUGAGACAAGAUGAAGAAGUUUCUACAGCACAAGAAGGGCAGAUACUCCUUCCGCCAGAACAAAUCCGGUCCACGUUAUCCACCCAAGGAUUUCUUCCUCGCCAUGCCAUCGACCAAUCAGGGCUGGCCAGAGGAGUUUGGCUUUCAGCUUGGAGGAAGUGGUCCCAGUUACAUCCUGUCUGUGGAGGAGGGCAGCAGUGCCUACCUGGCAGGGCUGCAGCCAGGGGACCAGGUGCUGGAGAUCGAGGGCAACAACGUGUCCACGAUGGGCAGCCAGGCCGUCAUCUCCAUCGCCCAGACCCAGAGGAACAUCCCGCCCAGCAUCGGAGUGGUGUCACGCAUCCAGCAGAUGGACAUAACGCCAGGCCCUGACGGUCGUUUCGGCUUCACCAUCGUGGGAGACUGCCCCCUCCUGGUGGAGGACUGCUCUCCCUGCUCCCCAGCCGGCCGAGGGGGCUUGCGGGCCGGGGACUACGUCAUGGAGGUGAACGGCAUCCCCGUGAGGCAGCACGAGAUGGCGGCGGCCCUGAUCAAGGCCUCGCAGGGCCGGACGCUGCGGCUGGGCGUGCUCUGUCUGGGCCCGCGGCAGAAGAGGAGCAGUGGCAGUCUGGAGGAGAACCAGCUGGGGGGGAAGGGGGGCGGCGGGGGAGACGGCCUGAGGGUGGACCGCAAGCACAAGGCUCUGGAGUUCAACAGGAAGAUUGACCAGAUUUUGGGGGAGGAACCGGAGGUGAAAGAGAGGCUAUUUGCUGUGCUGAAGCAGUACGCUGCAGAGAAGAAAGUCGAUUGGCUGGCCUCGGUCCUUCCGGACAUCCUGAUCACGGACGAUCAGCGCCAGCUCAUCUCCAGCAUCAGGAUCUUCAUCCCCAAGAAGCACCGGCAGCGCUUCGACGACGCCGUGUCUCAGAACCUGAUCAACCGGAUCUGCCGCAGCAAGAGCAUCAGCGAGCCGGCUGGCACCCGGGGACGGCUCCGGCGCAGCCGCAGCGAGGACCACCCCGACCGCCACCACCGGUCCAAACGGGCCAGCUCGGUCCCCCGGGACCCCGGGGAGGGAGGCGGGGGUGGAGGAGAGAGGGAGAGGGGGAUCAGGAAGUCUGUGGCAGGGACGUCAGGACAUCCUCCUGUCGGAGCCAAUCACAGGACGGUGCGCGUAUACAGAGGGAACCAGAGUUUCGGCUUCACCCUGAGAGGCCACGCCCCCGUCUGCAUUGACUCUGUUAUCCCAGACAGCCCUGCAGAGGACUGUGGACUCAAACCUGGAGAUCGGAUCCUCUUUCUCAACGGGCUGGACAUGAGGAGCUGCUCCCAUGAGAAGGUGGUCUCCAUGCUCCAGGGCAGCGGCGCCAUACCCACCCUGGUGGUCGAGGACGGCCCCACCUUCCACUCCCCCUCCGACCAGACGGAGCCGGUCGACUGCCCCCCUCUGGCUCCCCCGGCCGGGCCCCCGCCCCGGUCCCGCUCCCCAGCCCUCAGUUCCCUCCAGUGGGUGGCGGAGAUCCUCCCCCCCAGCAUCAAGGUCCACGGGCGCACCUUCAGCCAGCAGCUUGACCACCUGCUGACUGUCCAGGAGAGAUACACCGUCUGCAAAUCCCUGGAGACCUUCUUCCAGCACAGGAACGUGGACACACUCAUCGUCGACGUGUUCCCAGUACUGGACACACCAGCCAAGCAGCUGAUCUGGCAGUUUAUCUACCAGCUACUGACCUAUGAGGAGCAGGAACACUGCCAGGGCAAGAUCUCCCGCUUCCUGGGCUUCAAGACGGCAGCGGAGCCUGAGUCAGAGGGGCUGUUGGCCCCGGAGCACCAUCGGAGGAGCAGCUCCAUGCGCGUGACAAGCUCCUCCCACCGGAGCAGCCUCAGAGAGAGGAGCUCCGACGACUGCAUCAUCGGGACCCACCUGGGGAUGGGGAUCCACGUGGAGCCCUCGGAGACCCCUGAGGAGAGGCAGUGUGGAGAUGGGACCUCCUUCCCAGAGUCCCCCGACCUCAAAAACAUGUCAGGCGUGUACGCGGAGCUGGAGGGCGUGUACUCGGGGAGGAGUGGGACGGCGCAGCAGACUGGCUCCUCCCCUGACCCCGAGGGGCGGGGCCAAACGCACUCCCCCCUCACACACGCUAACACAGGGAACCGCAAGACAGGUCCGUCUCUGUCGUGGAAGGAGCCCCUCCCCAGCCCGCUGUAUGAGUUCUACCACCACGGCACCCUCCCCUCCCCUGGCAGCACCGACUCCAACCCCUACGUCAGCCUGGAGAGCCCCCCGGACGAGCCGUCCAGCCCGCUGUCCCGCCGCAGGAAGCUGUUCACCUUCUCCCGCCCCCCCCGCAGUCGGGACACCGACCGCUUCCUGGACGCGCUGAGCGAGCAGCUGGGACACCGCGUCACCCUGGUGGACGACUUCCUGCCUGGGGAGAACGACUACGAGGAGAUGAGUUUCCUGGAUGAGCAGGAGGCGAGCUUCCUGCCUCGCCAGCUCAGCAGCGCUAGCAGCGAGGACCACAGCUGCAGCAGCGAGGACACCACCUCCCUCACCUACUCCUCGGGCUCCGAACACAUCCCACCGCCCCCCCAGAGCCCUCCGCCCCCGCCCCCCUUCCCGACCCCGCUGCCCCCGCCCCCCUUCCAGUUCUCCGACCCCCUCCCGCCGGUCCGCUUCUCCCCGGAGCACAUCCCCCGCGCGCGGACGUCCUUCCAGCCCCAUCACCCCAUCAUCCCCCCUCCGCCGCCCCCUCCCCGGGUCUUCUUGGCCCAGCGGCCUCCCCACCACAAGGUGCUGCCCACCAGGGAGGAGCUCCGGGCUGGUCGCCAGCUCCAGAGCACCAGGCUGUCCCAGCCUCCGCUUGCUGGCCUGGCCCCCCAGCCCUCCCGGCCCAGCCACCUCCCCCGGCAGCUCAGCCAGCCCCAGCCCCUGCACCAGGCCUCCUCCACCUCCCCCCAGCCCCUCAGGCAGACCCAGCAGGUCCUACAGCGGCACCACCAGCUCCACCACCCCGUCUACCAGCCCCAGAACCAGUCUGUGACCAAGGGACCAGCUCCCCAGCAGCAACAGAGCCAGCCCCCCCUAACCCCCCUCUCAGAUCUCCAGGCUCACAAGGUGCCACCACCCCCGCCUCCACCCCUGCCUCCCCCAUGCGAGCCUCCCCCUCUGCCCAAGUCCAGCCCCCGAGCGGGGGACACCAACCACAUGAGUGUGAAGAGACUGCGCUGGGAGCAGGUGGAGAACUCUGAGGGCACCAUCUGGGGACAGCUUGGUGAGGAUCCUGAUUAUGACAAGCUGAGCGACAUGGUGAAGUAUCUGGAUCUGGAGUUGCACUUUGGUACUCAGCGCAGUUCUAAGCCAGCCUUCCUGCCAGAAAGCUUUAAGAAGAGGGAUGUGGUGGAGAUCCUGUCUCAUAAGAAGGCCUACAACGCCUCCAUCCUGAUCGCCCAUCUGAAGCUGUCUCCAGGAGAGCUGCGGCAGAUGCUGAUGACCCUGACCUCCGACCGCCUGGAGCCCGCUCACAUCAAACAGCUGCUCCUCUACGCCCCCGACGACGACGAGGUCAAGCAGUACCAGCAGUUUGACCAGGACCUCACCAAACUCAGCGAGCCCGACAAAUUCAUCUUCCAGAUGUUGAUGGUACCUGAGUAUAAGACACGUCUGCGAAGCCUCCACUUUAAGAGCACCCUGCAGGAGAAGACUGAGGAGAUGAGGGCGGGGUAUGAGUGUAUCUACAAGGCCUCCGUGGAGCUUCGCACCAGCAAGAAACUGGCUAAGAUCCUAGAGUUUGUUCUAGCAAUGGGAAAUUACCUGAAUAACGGUCAACCCAAGACCAACAAGACCACUGGCUUCAAGAUCAACUUUCUCACUGAGCUCAGCACCACUAAAACAGUGGAUGGAAAAUCCACUUUCCUGCACAUUCUGGCCAAAUCACUAUGCCAACACUUCCCUGAGUUGCUCAACUUUGCCAGGGACCUCACAACUGUACCGCUAGCAGCCAAAGUGAACCAUCGAGUUCUGAAGGUAGAGCUGAAUGACAUCCACGCCACCAUCCAGGAGAUCAGGACGGCCUGCGUGAAGAUCCCUGCUACACCCGAGGACCACUUUGCCAGCAUCAUGAGCGGUUUCUUAGAGAACAGCCACCCAGCGGUGCAGUCACUGGACUCACUGCAGCUGAGGGCCAUGGAGGAGUUCUCCAAGGUGGCAUCCUACUUUGGAGAAGACAGCAAGACCACCUCCACGGAAGCCUUCUUCGCCAUCUUCGCCGAGUUCAUCUCCAAGUUUGAGAGAGCUUUGACUGAGACACAGGCUACAGACAACCCUCGCAGUCCUCGUCUCUCCUCACCCCUAGCCUGGUAAACACAUCCAGUGGAGUUCUCCUUUCUAGCCAAUUGUCUUGCUAGCCAGGAUGCCACCGGCCAAUCGGCUUCUCUCCUUCACUCUGCUCUCCUCAACCAAAGUGCCAAGAUUACACAGAGACACUGAGAACCACUGGGACAGAGACCACGUGACACUACCAGAAAUAUAUUAAGAACGACUCCAGAAUACAUCAUUCUAAGAUCAUAUGAUUUUAUAUUUGAUAUGACUAUAUUUGAAAUUAAGCGCUUUGAUAUAGGCUCCUGAUGUAUGUUAGACGUAUAGUAGGUGUGAGAUGAUUCAGAAGCACCUGAAUGUAUCUAGAAUCGACAUGUCUGACAAGUGAACAGGUGAGUCGGUGGGUUGAAUAUUUACAGACAUGCAGAGUGAAACGACACACUGUAGAUUUACAUCCCAUCGGGCUGAUCAUGUACAUCAAAUCGGCUGAACUUAGCUCACCGUCAAUCCUUACCAUGGCAUGACAUGUACUUUGAGUAUUACAUAAUAGAACUUUUGGCAGGUUUCUGGUCCAAAUGCAGCCCUUCUAACACCAGUGUCUCAGCAAAACAACGAAGGGUGAUAUCAAGCUAAUCUGUCUCUCCUGAACCAUAUCUUAAUCAUAUACAUGACAUCUGUCAUACACAUUUCACAUGCAUUGUGAUAUCACAGUUUUUUUAGUUUUUAGAAUGAUUUCAUUUAUCAGAUUUUUUGUUAUUAUGAAACUGAUGGUCCUACCCUCAACCAUCUCUUGUAUGAGAUCAGUAUUUCUUCUUGCUGCACAGCUUUCAGGUUACUAACGGAAUACAGUGUUAACUAUCUGUCCAAAUCAUUUGCAUGUUGGUUCAGGUGUUGUAUUUUACGUGGAAAUAAAUUGUGGAUCUGAAAUGAUUUAUUUACGUAGAUUAAAUUGUCUACUUUCUCAGAAAUGUAUAUUAAACAAAAAAUAAUUGCAUCGUGGGGUCUACUUAAAUUAAUAGAUCAUUUAUUGAUACAUUACUUUUAUAUGUUUUCUAUGUUGUAACUGAACGCAUCUGGUUACUGUCCUGUAUUAAAUAUUUAUGUUGAAUAUUUGCU